UUCACUUGACAAUUGAUAAUCUUCUUCCUUGUCCUCAUCUUGACAAGUGAUAAUCUUCUUCCUUGUCCUCAUCGUUAAUCAAACCCCUGUUAGCAAGGGUUAGUUAACACUAUUAAUAGUGAUGUCAAUCAUAUGUUGAAGCUGGAAUGCCCACUAUGUUAUUUGAACUACACAUUCAGAUAAUUUCGCACUAAUGCAUCUGGAGAAAGGGUUGUGAGUGAUUAGAAUUGAGAUCACUGCCUAUACAGUAGACUGAGCUUAAACAAGUUUGAAAUGGGCCUUUUGAUUUUAGUCAUGCAAUGUCAUUUAGAUAUAAUAAGUAUAUCUGCAUUAUAUGUGUGUUCCAGUGACUCCAGUCAAACAGGUGAGCUGCCAAGUCACUGAACUUCAGUUGACAUUGCUUGGACAGUUGGUAAUGGUAAAGUCCCUAUCAUGUGAUCCCUUUCACUACAACCACUCAGUUGUUAAAUAAGUCUAGCUGUGAAUCUUGCUCCAAGUUUACUUUUCACAACACUGCCAGCAUCCGACUUAAUCUCUUUUCGCCACGGUGUAAACUUGUAAGUUACUGGAAUCAAAUGAAGGGCUACUGGUUGGCCAGUGGGGGAUGGGCCCGCAUAAGCACCUGGUGCUGGGCAGAAUUAGCUCCUCCACCUAAGCUUACCUCUACACCUCUCCUGGCACUACUGGGACUCUGUGGGAAUGAGGAGGUGUGUGUGUGUGCGUUCGUGUGUGUGUUCAUGUGUGUGUGUGUGUGUGCACGCAUGGAGAUGGGGUGUGUGCUGUGGAUUUAGGCUGUGAUGCAAUCUCCCGUCACGGGUCAGAGCUGCAUGCUGAUAAUGUCAGUCUGAGUUAGGGCUGCCUACACAACCAGCUCUUCAACAGGGUGGGCCAUCCACCACAGCCAUCAAUGUGGACACACAGGUGUCACAUAGGUGAAAAGUAGAACGUCAUUGCCAUGGCAACACACAAGGACCAUGGUUCUAGCAAACUCGACAAAAGCCUUGAGGAGGACGAGUACCACAGAACACGUAAGUACAGUGGUCAACCGGAGUCACCACAAAGCCAUGUCCCACCAUUAAGCCCAGCAUCCCUGUCUUGGGAGGACGAGGCCUUUCCAAUUUCCACGCCAAACACUUACUCAUCUGGGGAAACUAAAGGUAGUGAGGAGAACGUAUCUGAGGAGGUUCAAAGUUCACCCGGCCCAUCAACAAAAGAGGGGAAGAUCCCUGGGUAUGGAAAGUUUGCUGCUUUCCUACAAGAAGAAGAAGAACAUGUUGAGGAUUUUCUGGAUGAGGAUGAUGACCUAUUUGAUCCAGAGGAGGAGGAAGAGGAGGUCAGCACUCCUGUGAGAAGAGAACUGGAAUCUAACUUGCACACACAAGAUACGGAGGAAGACAAAAUCCCUGUACAGAAUUGUACAGUUAGCAUUCCAAGUGUAGUAAUAGAAGCACCCAGCAUCUCUGACAAGCAGAAGGGAGAAGCCAAGAAUCUAACAGGGGAAGAGGAUGCUCAUAUUUCAACAAAAGAAAAAAAGGCAGAAUAUUGCACAAAGGCAAAUGAAGGGGCCAGUCUUACAUUUGAAGAGAGACUGGAGGCUAUUAGUUCUAAUGAGAAGCAACCGGAACCCAUAUAUUUUUAUGAUGAGAAAGGAGGAUCUUGGAUUGCUGGGGAGACACAAAUCCAGGCUAGCAUGCUAAGUGUUCGUGACUGGGAUCAAGUGAUAGAGAUCAGAUCAGACUCAAAGCAAGUGCACAUGGCACAUGUUUUCACAAAGCAACACGAGAGUGCCAAUACACUUACACAGGAAAAAGAACGGGCCCACACACCAAAGGAUCAUAAAGCAGGCACAGAUAGUCCUUCACAAGCAGUGAAGAACACAGUGGGGCCUUCAUGUGAGCGGGAGGGAAGCACCCCCAAGCCGUCAGAGCCUGCACUGACCGAAUGCAUCCAGCAGGGGGAGUCGUUGCUCCUCCGCCUGCAUGUGGUGCAGCAGAAACAGCAAAGCCCAGAGGUGUCCGAGGAAUUUCCAGUCAUGACCAGUCAGAGUGUCAGACUGGCAGGGAAUCUGGAAACCAGGGAGAGGGGGAGUAGUGUGACGGGUCCAGACAUAGACGACUCCUGUGGAGAGGAGAGCGAUGAAGAUGACGAUGGGGCUGCUGGCCCUUCUCACUGUCAGCGUCCACCUGCAGGCCUGGAGACGUUACAGGCCCCCAGCGAGGGAGUCCUAGCCAACGCAGCGGACAUGCAACUCAGCGACGGAGAUGACCAUAAUGACAGUGGUGUGUCUGCUGACCUCUCCCCCUGUGACGGGCAGGAGCCUCUGGCCAACACUGCUGCAUCCACAGCCACAGCCCUGCAGCCAGCACCUGGGACCCCAGCCCAGAGGAGGCGCCAUCCAAGCUCGGGGCAUGAGCCUGAACAGGAUGACAGUCCCAAAGGGGAAGAGACGGAGCAGACCCCUGCUCAGAGAGAUCCUUUUGAGGGUCAGUCUUCCGCUGCUGCUGAAGGGGGUGUGGGAGUCCAGGCAGAAGAACAAGGUUCAGCUGGGAAGAGGUUGAGACAGCAGAAAAGUUCAAAUGUCAAGGGGGAGGAGGAGUCAGUUCGGAUGGUGAAGGUGUUGGGCGAGUACAUUGAGGGCUCCGUGCGUAAGUUCAAUGAGAGGCGAAAGCUCUUCGAGGCCUUCCAACAGGCCAAACCUGCCGACACAAAACCCCCUCCUGUCCGGCCCAAAAGGAUCCUCUCCACCUCCUUCUCGGCGUUCUCCCUUUCAUCCGUCUCCACGAGGCGGAUGCCAGAGGAGCGGAUCCGCCCGUCCGUCUCUGUCAUGGAUCGCGCCCGCAGUCUGGAGCAGCUCAGCCAGGCGCAGGAAGUGGCCAUGCCCUGCCACAGGGCCAGCGGAAGGGACAGUGAUUGGGGCAACCUGGCAGAGUCGGACGAGCGAGACAGGAUCAUCGUCGAGGGCGACGUCACGCUGGUGCGCCGCCGGAGGUCUCUUCGCCCCUCUUACAGUUCCGAGGCCCUCUUCGGUCGUAAAGGGGUUGAGCUUGCAGAAGAGGGGGCGGGUGAGGAGGAGGAGGAGGAAGACGAAAGCUCCGUGCUGCACAUGCAGAACCCCUUCUUUCAGCUGAGGCCCUCACUGGCUCUGAGGCCUGACGUGGCCAGGGACAUCCGAGACGCGCGGGAGAGGGAGAAAGAGCUCCGGAGGAUUAGGAGGGGACUCUACGGAAGCUGGAAGGGUCGAAGGGGCAGCCAGGGGUCAGCAAGUUCAGCGACCAGCCAAGCAGACUCAGGGAGUAUGACUGAAGAUUAUCAGUCAAGAGGUAAACUAGAACUUGUGUGGCCACCUCCCUCCCCCACUGAGAAAGUUCCCCAGUUGGAUCAAGCACAGGAGCCGAGACCUCUGAUAUCGCCGAGUCAGAAGGCUCUGCUGUGGCAGCGCUGGCAGACAGGCACGGUAAACGGACGCGUGGAGGAAGAGGACUGACUCUGGGGUGCCCCGCCCCCACCUCCACACACUCACCUGAUGACCAAUAGACUCUAAGAACCACAAAAGAGAGGGUCUGCAUCUAGAUGACUGCGGUAGGCUUAUGCAGAUGAUGGAUCUUCACUCAGCGAUGAAGAUGAAACACUGAGAACGUUUAUAAGUACUCAGGGAUGAUGUUGGCAGCAGGUCUCACAAGCAUUACCUCAUGAGGUACAAUCUCAGAAUUAAACGCACAUGAAAUGCUGAGCUGUUACAGAGCUCCAAUUUUUCCUGGGUAGGAUUGCACUCAAUUAGGCAGGUUAUACUUGGGUUAGCUUCAUUGCAUUAAGACAAUGAAAAAAAAUUCCCAUUCAAGUGUACAUGUGAUGCAAUCAUUACUUACUGUAUUUAUGCAAUAUUGAUCUCAAACAAGACUAUGGUCAGCUAUGGAUCUACACAAGUCUUACUUUAUGUUUUGUGUUUUUGUGAUAGUGUUAUUUGUUACACGUGAUUACUUGUAUACCUGUAUGUUAUGUUUUGUCAUAAAUCAAGGCUUCUGCAAUCAGGUAUCUCAACAUUUGACCGGAAAUUUGACCUUAUAAAUGUUAAGCUUCAAAAUGUUGAUCCAGAUACAGAUGUUUUUGUGAAGUGCUGUUUUACCAAAGAACUAAGACAUUAAUUGUGAAUGACUGUAAAUGUAUACAUGGCACCUCUGUUUCUUCCCCCUUCCCUUCUCAGACAAACCUGACUUCUCUUGCACUUUUAUUUGAACUACAACUAGCCUACUCUAAGUCACUUUCUAAUCUUUGGUAUCACUACCUUGUUUCUAGCCUGGAAAAUCCAGACCCUGGUAAUCUAGAAAGAUUAAGGGUCUGGCCAC